AUCUGUAAUCAAACUACACUUGUAUGAAUCUGAAUUAUGUGUCAAAGCUCCCACUUAUUCCUUUCUUCUUCCCUCGCCACUCUGAAGAAACUUCGUGCGGGGAAUUCCCAACGCUUGUACACUUCAAUGGUUUCGCGUUUACUUUAGGAUGGAAGACGGAGGACCGAAGGGAGAACGGAAAGGGGUUAGGUUGAUGGGGGACGACAAAGCUUCGACAGCUAUGGGGAGCAGAGAGAGAGAUCGAGAACUACUUAUCCCCGUCGCCGGCGAUCCUGCCGCCGAAGCCGAUAUUAAGGUUUCCUCACCUUCAUCGUCUUCUGGACUGUUACACAACCGCCAUCAUCACUCCGGCAGAGAGGCAUUUUAUAAAGUUUUCCGUAGUUGGGCAUCAAAAAAGUUUAUGACUGGAUGUGUCAUCCUUUUCCCUAUAGCGAUCACCUUCUACAUAACCUGGUGGUUCAUUCAUUUUGUUGAUGGAUUUUUCUCUCCGAUUUAUGUCCAGCUCGGGAUAGAUAUAUUCGGUCUUGGUUUCGUAACUUCCAUGACAUUCAUUUUCUUGGUUGGCGUUUUCAUGUCAUCAUGGCUUGGGGCAUCUAUCCUUGGCCUUGGCGAGUGGUUUAUCAAACGGAUGCCUUUUGUUCGUCACAUAUAUAAUGCCUCAAAACAAAUUAGCUCUGCUAUAUCACCUGACCAGAACUCGCAAGCUUUCAAAGAGGUGGUUAUCAUAAGGCAUCCAAGGAUUGGAGAAUAUGCGAUUGGGUUCAUCACUUCUGCUGUUAUUCUUCAGAACUAUUCGGUUGAUGAGGAGCUCUACUGUGUGUAUGUUCCAACCAAUCACCUCUACCUUGGUGAUAUAUUUCUGAUAAAUUCUAUGGAUGUUAUUCGGCCAAAUCUAUCUGUCCGCGAAGGAAUCGAGAUUGUUGUAUCUGGGGGAAUGUCAAUGCCCCAGGUGCUUUCAACCCUGGAUUCAAGAACGUUGCCAAAAGAUAGAAUCAGGGCCAGUAGAAGCUGAGCUUCAGUAAUUUACCCCCCUCAAAUUCUAAU